AGGCCCAAUAUCAAUCAGCUUCCGGAUCGGUUGCACCGUAUAUCGGAGUCGGGGCUAUGGGGGGAAUUAGCCAUCUCGGCCGUUGAAAGACCGUCGCAAUUCUCUGCUGCUCGCUUCCUCCGCCCUCACCCUCCUCCUACACAACUUCACCACUUCUCGCGGCCCCUCACCUUCGCCGUCAGGUCGAGCCUUCCGUUUUCCGAGCAGAACGCUAAGCACCACAAGGAGCUGGUUGCAGCCCUCGAUGUCGUCAAGAGAGCCUGUCAUCUUUGCGUGGACGUGAAGAAGUCUUUAUUCUCAGGUGAUGGAAGCGUUCUCGAAAAGAAUGACCAAACUCCUGUCACUAUAGCUGAUUUUGGAGUUCAGGCUCUCGCAUUCCACUUUAAUUUGAUGUUCAUCCAAAAAUAA